AUAAGGCGAGGUAAGUAGAAUUAUGAUAAAUGCACAUUGGAUUUUAAGGUAAAUGUUUUCAAGCAUAUUUUAAACUAUUUUGAGAUGGUGGCAAGAUCAAAAUUGAUUUUUAUUAGUACAUGAGCAUGAUUGGUUUGAAAUGAAGUUAUUAUUUUUAUUGAAUUGAGCUUGCCUACAUGGAUUUUUCUUUAUUAUCCUGAUGAUCUGAAAUUGGUUUGUAAAUUAUGGAUUUUCCUGUUAAAUUCCUACAUGGUUUUGUCUCCAAUCUGGUCAUGAUUACUGAUGCCCGUCAGUGGGAGUUUGUAAACAUUGGUACAUGUCAAGAUCUAUAUCUAUAGGAUCGAUUCAUUAUGUAUUCCUACCAGUGGGAUAGUACACUGCUUAUUACUGAUACCUGCCAAUGGAAGUUUGGUAAACACUAGCCAUGCUAAUUGAGGAGAUCACUACUUAGUUUUAUUCUACAUUGAUGGUUUAUAACCAAGAUAUUUUUCCUUUUGUUUAUGUCUUAAAAUGUUUAUUUGGCAUGCUAAAACUUUAAUUAAGGGUUAUCCAUGUUUUUACUUACUGAGUUAUCUUACAUAGUUUUUUCCUCAUCCAUCAUUUCAGGUAGUGAGAGCCGAGACGUGGGAAACCAAGGGGGAGUGACGAGAUAAAAGGCUAGCCGUUUGUGUUUUGGAAAUAGAUUUUGAGAUAUAGAUCAUUUUUUUGUAAGUUAGAUUUUAUUUCAAGAUAUUUAUCUAAGUUUAUGUGGAUUGUUAGUUAUAAAAUUAGCAAGUUCCAAGCCUUGUGCAUUUGUGGGAUCCUCUCACACGUGUACAACAUCUAUUUCGCUCUUGGUUUUGGGGCGUGACAAUAAGAAUCCAUCAUUUGUUGAUGUGAUCCAUGCAAAAAAAAUGUAUCAUCCAAAGGACAAAGAUAAAAUGCUAACAUAUAU